AUGAGUUCCAGAAAUCCACUUCCUCUCGAUGGCAGCACCUUCGAUUAUAUCAUCUGUGGUGGAGGAACUGCAGGCUGUGUCCUCGCAGCAGAGCUCUCCACUAUUCCAGGUGCCUCGGUGCUGUUGGUAGAAGCUGGUAGGGACUCGGAGCUUGAGCCUGAUGUUCUGGUUCCAGGUAAAUAUGUCAAGCAGCUACAGGAGGACAAGGAGGGACUAUGGGAGUUGGCGACAGUCCCCCAGCACGAGUUGAACGACAGGAAACUGGUUUUCUUGCGUGGAAGACAGCUUGGAGGCAGCUCAGCCGUGAAUUAUAUGGCAUUGGCACGAGGCCCCAGAGAUGACUAUGAUCAGUGGGGCCAAAUCACUGGUGAUGAGGGCUGGAGAUGGGAUAACAUACUCCCAAUGAUGAAAGAUUUGGAAGACUUUGACUUUACUUUGCCUGAGGGGAUGAACAAACCGAUUAAACUCGGAUUCGGAAAAGAAAUGGUUCCGGGCGUUGAAACAUACAUGCAAGCGUGCUCAGAAGUGGGAAUCCCCCUUUGCAUGGACAACAAUGCCGGCAAUCCAGUCGGAGUUGGACUAGCCCAAUUCAACGUCCGCGAUGGCGAGAGGUCUUAUGCGGCCAAUGCCUUUCUACCGGCAUCAACACGGAAGAGUCUCAAAAACCUAGUGAUUGUGACCAACACUGAGUGCGACUAUGUUCACUCUACCAACGGCGUUGCCACUCGUGUGGAUCUGUACGAUCGUUUUACGGAGAAAACUGUCGCUGUACACUGUCGAAAGGAGGUCAUUCUAGCCGCUGGCACCUUUGGAUCUCCAAAAAUCCUGAUGCUGUCAGGAAUUGGGGAAAGAAAGACGUUGGAGCAGCAUGGAAUUCCUGUCAGAAUUGACUUACCAGGAGUCGGUCAAAACAUGCUCGACCAUUCUAUCAUCACUUGUGAAUACAAAGUCGACAAUCGCCUCCCGGCACACAACAAGGUUUUCCUUGAACCGAAAGCCCUUGAGGAAGCUGAAGCCGAAUAUGCAAAAAGCCGAACUGGUCCUCUGGCCAUGUAUGGAUCCAGUGGAUCAGUGGCUUUCCCAAGAAUCCAACGCCUGUUUGAAUCUAAGGAGUUCAGUGACCUUGACUCCCCAACCAAGGCAUUUUUGUUGGAACCAACGAGACCUUCAGCCGAGAUCUGGCUCGGAUCUGGACCCUCCGUCUAUGAGGGUAAUGGUCGACCGGAAGAAAGCUACAUCACCCAUGAAUUGCUACUGCAAAACAACCUGUCCAAGGGAGUUGUGAGCAUUCGGUCCCGAAACCCUCGGGAGCAUCCGAUUAUUGAUCCCAAAUUCCUGUCUCAUCCUUUUGAUCGCCGGAUCGCCAUCGAGACUGUUCGGAAGGCGCUGCAGAUUGCUCAUUCCAAGGCGUAUCAAGGGGUGAUCGAGAAAAUGGUCCAUGGCCCGAAUAUCGACUUUGCCACAGUUGAUCUCAACACGGUCAGUGACGAUGUGAUGUUAGAUUUCAUUCGGAAAAACCUGGAUCAAGGAUACCAUAGCAUGUCGACCUGCCGCAUGGGCAAGGCCAAUGAUUCCACAGCAGUGGUUGACUCGAAUUUCCGAGUGCGUGGAACGCAGAACCUCCGGGUGGCAGAUCUCAGUGUCUGUCCCGUUUUGACUUGCAACCACACCCAGAUCAACGCUUAUUUGAUUGGCCUCCGGUGUGCACGCCAGAUCAUCGACCAGCACGCAGAAUCUAUCCAGCGCGCCAAGCUGUAG